CUGGUAUGACAGCGCAUGCGGGACCCACUUUCCUUGGUUGGUGGAACGUCAAGUGCCCGCUCGCACCCACGUUGGGACGAGCGUAUCGAACCGAUCGUUGUCUUCUUAAGACUCACGGAGAUGUUUCCUUUCUCCUCCUCUGCUUCGGCCCCCCUUGGUCGCUCCCUUCGGCUUCCCUUGCCGUCGCCGCUGCCUCCUCGAACCCCACCCUCCCACCUCUACCGUCUCGGCCUCCCCAAUUUCCGCCGCCGCCUCCUCCUCCUCCGUUCCGUCUCCACCGCCGUCAGAGCCAUGGCCUCCGAAGGCGGCGAGGACCCCCGCUUGCCGCGGAUCGCGUCCACCAUACGCGUCAUCCCCGACUUCCCCAAGCCCGGUAUCAUGUUCCAGGAUAUCACGACCCUGCUGCUCGAUCACGAGGCGUUUAGGCACACGAUCGAUAUGUUCGUCGAGAGGUACAGAGACAAAAGGAUCACGGUUGUCGCAGGAAUUGAAGCAAGAGGAUUCAUAUUUGGCCCUCCCAUUGCAUUAGCCAUCGGAUGUAAGUUCGUUCCUAUGAGAAAGCCAAAGAAGCUACCUGGAGAAGUUAUUUCCGAGGAGUAUUCCCUAGAAUAUGGUACAGACAUAAUGGAGAUGCAUGUAGGAGCUGUACAGCCAGGAGAUCGAGCCCUUGUCAUUGAUGAUUUAAUUGCAACAGGAGGGACAUUAGCUGCUGCUAUCAGGCUCCUUGAACGUGUUGGAGCUGAGGUGGUUGAAUGUGCUUGUGUCAUCGAAUUGCCGGAGCUUCAGGGAUAUCAGAGGUUAGGCGGUAAGCCGCUCUUUGUUCUCGUGAAAGCGGCUUGAUCGUGAGAAAAUAGCUGACCGAGCAAAAGCAUUCGGAUAUGCCCCCCCAAAUUGGAAUUUCCGCUGGCUUCUCUGGAAUUAAAUAAAUCGUUUAUUUAGCUGCUGCUGCUACUACUGACUGACUCUCAAAAGUUUGUAUCACAAACGUUAAUUCGGAUGUUGUUGUUGUUGGUGGUGGUUAUAUUAUUAUUAUUAUUAUCAUUGGUUUCACCUAAAAAUGGUUUUGUUAUCUAA